AUGGCGCCGCACAUUUUCGAGACCAGGCUCGCCGCCUUCACGCCUCCGUUGGGCCCUCAACCUCCCAACCCGAGCUUCUAUUCUCCGAACCAAGUCACUCUUCAGAUGAGGGAGAAGGUCUUCUCGCUCACCGGCGACGAUUUCAUUGUCCAAACCACCGACGGACUCCCCGUGUGCAAGGUCAAGGGCAAGCUCAUCUCGCUUCACGCCAAGAAGGUCUUCACAGACAUGGGAGGUCAAGAGAUAUUUGAACUCAAGAACAAGACGCUGGCGCUAUUCAAAAGCUUCGUUGCUACUUCGCCAGUGGGACACGACUUCGAGGUCAAGGGUCACUUCGCAGUUGGCAAAUCCAAGUCGACCUGCCACUUCAAGAACUUCUCCAAUGGCCAGGAGGUUGAGCUGGAGAUUCGCGGAGACUGGUUCGACCGCAGCGCCGACAUCGUCUUCGGUGGGGUUCCCGUUGCGCACAUCAGCAGGAGCUUCGUCAACGUACGAGAGAUCUUCGGAGACAAGCAGACAUACUUUGUUUCUGUGGCGCCAAACGUUGAUCUCAGUAUGAUCGCGGCCCUGUGCGUCUGCCUGGACGAGAGGGAGAAUGAGAAAUAA